AGCUUGGUUUCUAUUUUUUUGCAUGUUGUCGUCGAAGUAACCAAUAAAGAUUCCGAACAAUGACGGCCAACUCGGAAAUAGACGCACACAUCACAGAGAAGUACGAAGUUAAGAAGCGGUUAGGCAAGGGGGCAUACGGGAUUGUCUGGAAAGCAGUGGAAAAAAGUAGUGAUCAAACAGUGGCUUUGAAGAAGAUAUUUGAUGCAUUUCGAAACCAGACCGAUGCUCAGAGAACCUUCAGGGAGAUCAUGUUUUUACAGGAGUUUGGAGACCACCCGAAUAUAAUCAAACUUCUGAAUGUGAUCAAAGCAAACAAUGACAAAGAUAUAUACUUGGUGUUUGAAAGCAUGGACACAGAUCUGCAUAAUGUAAUCAAACGUGGAAAUAUCUUGAAAGAUAUUCACAAGCGGUAUAUAAUAUAUCAGUUGUUGAAGGCUACCAAGUACAUGCACUCGGGAAACGUGAUUCACAGAGACCAGAAACCAAGUAAUGUCCUUCUGAACGCGGAGUGCUUUGUGAAAGUUUGCGAUUUCGGAUUGGCCAGGUCUGUCAGUCAACUGGAAGAAGACGCGAGCAAAAACCCAGAUGGGGGAGUGUUAACCGAGUAUGUUGCGACGAGGUGGUACAGAGCGCCAGAGAUCCUCUUGGGCUCUCAUAAGUACACGAAGGGUGUUGAUAUGUGGAGCAUAGGAUGUAUUUUGGGCGAAAUGCUUCUUGGGAAGCCCUUGUUCCCGGGAUCCUCGACUUUGAACCAGAUCGAGAAAAUCAUCACGUACUUGCCCUUCACUUCAGACGAGGAUAUAAAGAGCAUUAAGUCGCCAUACGGAGCCUCGAUUUUACAGAAGGUUCAAGUAAAGCAGAGGAAAUCUCUUCAAGAACUGGUUCCGAAUGCUGGCGGAGACGCGAUCGACCUGAUGACGAGACUACUCCAUUUGAAUCCAGACAAGAGGAUGACCGCCACAGAUGCCCUGGAACAUCCUUACGUCGCAAAGUUCCACAAUAGAAGUGAAGAAAUCGAACUGGACUAUGACGUCGUUCCCCCAGUUGACGAUGAUGUUCAGCUAAGUGUGAACGAAUACAGACAGAAACUGUACGAGAUGAUUGUUCAGAAGAGAGUGGAGAUCAAAAAGAGAAAUAACACAAACAAAACAAACAGUAGUAACAGUAACAGUUCUACAUACAAUAACAGCAGCAGUUCCACAACUAACGGGCGCUUAGCGUCUGGAGGUGGCAACAGGUCGGCAAAGGAGUCCAAAAGCGGUGGCUCUCAUAACAGCCAAAAUGGAGAUAAGAGCAAUGGGUAUGCGUAUACAGAUUACGGCAACGGACAGCAGAGAAAAAACAGUCUUCCUUCGAGUUACGGAGACGUGGAUUCUACAUCACAUGCAUAUAAUUCGGAAUCAAAUUUUGCGAAUAAGUACUCGAGUUCGAAUGGGUUCCAUAACGGAGGAGUCACAUCGCAUCCUAUGAAGCCCCCACCCCACGGGUAUGGUCGAGGCAGGGUAGGGGGAGUUGGCCAUGAUUACCAGCAUCAGACUAUGCCGACUCAGAAACCUCCGAUUGGACAGUACAGCAGGACAACCCACACUGCGCCGAGUGAUCGGAAACAGUUGAAGCCACUUAACCCCAGAAGUUUCAGGUAUUCGAACUACGAACGCUUCGAGAGAUCCCCAAGUCCAGGCAGUGGUCUACAACAGAGGAUGUACGCGCCAGCAGCCGACACAUACUUUCCCUCGAAACUGGAAAAAAUGCGCCAGAGAGAUUCUUCCCCAAUCGACUACAGAAACACCUCGGCGCCGAUUCCAGGGAGAUCUAAAUCCCUCAAUCAGAAAGGCACCACCCCACACUCCUAUUACAACAACAGGAACCAGGACGAUCUACUGCGUCCGCUACAGGCUGGUUAUAUGAGCAGAGAAAACACGCUUGGUACCGGAGGACUGUAUCAUCACAGUUCCACGCAACAGAUGUCGGGAUCCCAAUUCACCCCGAAGCACUCGCCGGCGUUCGGAAGGCGAAGUGGCGGCAGCUCCAACGGGAACCUGUUCGACAGGAAGAAUAAUCUAACACCUCUUAAUGGGAUGAGAAACGGUAACAACAACAAUUCUGGUGCUAAUGCUUUCAGCAGUUCCUACUCUCAGUCAAAUUUCCACUCCUCCCCCUCGCCCCACGGGGGGCACUACUCCAGUGGGCUCCGCAACUGGAAAAUGUGAACGAAUUUAAAAAAAAUACAAAUGUACUUCAAAUCUGUGCAGGUUAUAGAACAAACUGACACAAUCUGACAAACUGUUAUUGAUAAUGAAGUUCAACCCCCUUAUUGUUGCUUUUUUCAGUUCUUUUCAGUUUCAUUUGUAAUGAUGAUCAUUGGUUGCUUUUUACAGUUUCAAAUUUCUUUCGUUAGUGCCGCCAGCAUUUUAAAAAACUCAACAAUCAGUUUUGAUUUCGAUACUAAUUUGGGAAAAAUGUUGAGUAAAAAAAUGCUUACUAGGAGUUCAGUACCUUAUUUCAUUUCGCUGUUCCGAUGGUAUUUACUGAUUUUCUCUUUGAGUCUUAGUUCUGCUGUUCAUAGCUUCUUUCUAAACAUCGGCUACAUUCCAGUACUGCCACGCCAAUUUUGUAAACCGCUAAUGAUGCUGUGUCUUGUACAUAAUAUUACUAUACUCCUUCUGAAAUCCGAGCCAUUUUGCUAGUUGCUUUCUUUAUUUCAAUUUCGUUUGUUCAGUCACGUGCAGUGAAAUCAAAUGGUAACUCAAACUUUUGAAAAAAUGAUAUUUGUCUGAAAAAGCUGGCUCCAAAAAUGUAGCAUGAAUUUCGGCGAAUUUCGAGAAUGUUCAAAUUAUUUGAACGAGUUGAUUAGGUUUGAGUUGUCAGUCUGACCUUUCUCUGACAACACAUCGUACGCGGUGUCGUCUUGCUGGUUUGAAUCACCUCUAAUUUCUAAUUCGAAUGUCCAAUCCGAAUCCUUAUUCUCUAUUUCAUUCGUUCAUUCAUUGCUCGGCUCUUAUAUGCUAUCAAAAGUGAUGACAAAAGAUGAACCUACUUAGCUUAGUUUUGCUGUAUUUUCUUCCUCUUUGUUUGUAUUCUGAAGGCCAUGGAUGUUUUGACCACCCACCCUUGCCUCGAAUUAUUAUGUGCUCUCUUUCAGCUCAAAAUAACUUUUUU